AUGGAGGAAGAGGAGCCAGAGCAGGAGGAGCCAGAGCAGGAGCCAGAGGAGGAGCCAGAGCAGGAGGAGCCAGAGGAGGAGCCAGAGGAGGAGCCAGAGCAGGAGCCAGAGCAGGAGCCAGAGCAGGAGCCAGAGGAGGAGCCAGAGGAGGAGCCAGAGGAGGAGCAGGAGCCAGAGGAGGAGCCAGAGCAGGAGCCAGAGCAGGAGCCAGAGCAGGAGCAGGAGCCAGAGCAGGAGCUAGAGAAGGAGCCAGAGCAGGAGCCAGAGCAGGAGCCAGAGGAGGAGCCAGAGGAGGAGCCAGAGGAGGAGCCAGAGGAGGAGCCAGAGCAGGAGCCAGAGCAGGAGCCAGAGCAGGAGCCAGAGCUUCAUGUGUGGCUCCUGAAGCAGCUCCUGAAGCAGCUCCUCCUGAAGCAGCUCCUCCUGAAGCAGCUCCUGAAGCAGCUCCUGAAGCAGCUCCUGAAGCAGCUCCUCCUGAAGCAGCUCCUCCUGAAGCAGCUCCUCCUGAAGCAGCUCCUCCUGAAGCAGCUCCUGAAGCAGCUCCUGAAGCAGCUCCGACACCUCUGUUUUUACAAACUACAUUUACUGCUUUAA